ACGAGGAGGAAGAGGAGGAGGAUUUCCCCUCUCACCCCCUCUGAACUCUAGUCAGGACCUCAGAGCACAGAAAACUCAGGGAGGAAAAAGGUGAAGAAGAUGAAGAAGCUGGUGGUGUUUUUGCUUUUCCUGGUCGUGCUGACCGUCUACACAGAUGCAAAUCCAAUCAUCAAGGAGAGCUUUGCUAAGCAGCUGCUCCGCAGUAAGAGGCAGGAGCGACCGAUGAAGGCCGGACACCCUGAUGAGCCAAUGAGGGAGCACAUGCUGCACAUGCAGGCCCUGGAUCAGAGGGCCCAGGAGACCAACAUGGAGUCCUGGAUGAACCCUCACUGUCCCCCUCGCUGCGACAGGAACUACGGAUACCCAGUCUGAAGAUGGCAAAGAAAAGCACCAGGACUGACUCAACGUGGACUCAAUGGUGAAAAAAUGAACAAAAAAAAAAAAUGAAAAUAUAUGAACUCUUUCCCUUGUUUUCUUUUUCUUUCUUCUCCUAUAUAAUGAUAAUGUGAAGACAGGUAUUGCAUAUUUACUGUAUUGUCUUUUUAAAAUUUUAUAUCAGCUGUGUAGUUUGCUGUUCUUGUAGUUUCUUCAUUUAUUUUCACAUAGUUGUGUAUCAUUAGAAAUUGGAAAUUGGAAAUUGUAAACAGUGAAUGGAAUCAAAAAUCAAUAAAUAAAUCAUGGAUUCCUACAACAA